GUUUGAAAAUGAUAUAUCUGCAUUUACAUAUGAGAGGACAUUAAUGAUGGAGCAAAGAUCUCAAAUGCUAAAGCAAAUGCAGCUGUCUAAGAACGAAAGAGAAAGAGAGGCACAGCUUAUCCAUGACAGAAAUACAGCAUCCCAUUCGGCAGUGGUGGACAAAUCAAGUGCUGCUACACCAGAAAAGGUUCAAAUGACAUGGACUAAAGAAAAACUUAUUGCUGAAAAACAUAAAAUUAAAGACCUUAAUGCAGGAGGCUAUAGGGACUUAUUUAAUAUGAAACCGGAAUGGGAGAAUCUAAAUCAAUCAAAUGUUAGGAGAAUGCACACUGCUGUAAAGCUGAAUGAAGUUGUUCGUAAUAGAUCUCAGCAUGCACAGCUGGUUUUACUGAAUAUGCCAGGACCACCUAAGAGUAAACAAGGUGAUGAAAACUAUAUGGAAUUCUUAGAGGUUUUGACAGAAGGUUUAAACAAAGUGCUUCUUGUACGUGGAGGUGGAAGAGAAGUAAUCACUAUUUACUCUUAA